AUGGAUGGGUCUGGCCUGUUCUCGCAGAAUUCUUCCCUGAUAGCCCUAAUCUACUUGCUCACGCACAACGUACACGGCCCACAUGACGACAAAUUCUACAAAUUCCUCUCAGGGCUCCAAGAUGAAUACGACGCCUUACAGAGGUCGGGAUACGCCGGGGAGGGGUUCUUCUCCAAAGGGCCAAGGCCCUCGAAGAGGCGGAGGACAUCUAGGGUGUUGGGUAGUGGCGGCCGUUUGGGGGAACAAUCAAUACGAAAGGGAAGACUCCCAUGCAGCUGGCUGCAGAAGCAGCUGAAAGAAGGGCACGCGACGAAAAGUCGUGUGGCUCUCAAGCUGGCUCGGCGCGAGGCUGAGAAGGCGGCCAGAGAAGGUAUCGAGAAUAAGGUCAUUCACUUGACUUUGGACGAUGAUUCGGAUUCGGAUGUUAUCAUCGUGGAAGACGUCCCAAGGCCUAUCGCGGGCCCAUCUUCAUCCUCGGCAAGUAAGCGCCAAGUUGGUGCUGCACCAAAUUCAGGAUCUUCUUCGAAAUUGAAGGCCACUCCUGUUCGAAAUGAUUCUAUGAGCAACCAAAGACCAAGAGCAAGCUCACCCCCAGCAAGGUCAAACUCCGAGUGGGCCUGUCAGAUUUGCACAUUGCUGAACCAGCCAUUUGCACUCCAAUGUGAUGCCUGUGAGACGAAACGGCCGCAGGAACGUCUAUUAUUCAGACCCAACAUUCUUGUUGAAAGAAAUUCAGAACUUGCGGUGUCUGUGUAUGCGAUCUCCAUCCCCAAAAUAAACGCCAGAACGGUAAUCCUAACUUACCCCACUUGCUCAGCGAUGCCUCCAUCGAUCGCAUUACAGCCAUCCGGCACCGGCGCAGUGCGAACUCAUAUCCGGGACCACAUCCCGUCGAACUCGUGGAUUUUGCGGAGCACAUCGCGUACAGAGAUUAGCUCGUUCCACAUGCAAGACGUUUCAAUUCUACGACUAAUUGUAUCAGUCCAGGAAAUCUACUUUGAUGAGUAUACGGGAGGUUUUGGUACAGACUGGGUCUGA